GCCUGUGUCAUUGUAUGGGAAAUGAGUGGUCAUGUAAAGAAUAUGUGUCCUCAGCUGACCAUAUCACAAGCAGCAAGAACAUUGCUCUCUCUGUUACUGGUUGCUGCCAUUGAUUCAGUGAGUGCUGGAGUAGUAUGUAGGAAGCAACCGUGUGGGAGUUCCCUACAAAGAACUUUGAAGCUAACCAAACUCAUACACAAGGAAUCUGUGGACCUCUUAAAAACAUACAAGGUCAGUCAAGGAGACAUGUCAGAGCUGUUCUGCCAGAUGUCAAUCAACAACGUUCCUGACCCAAACAUCUCUGGCCUGGACCCCUCAGAGCGGAUGCUGAGCAUCUACUCCCACUGUAAGGCUUUCCUACCACACCUGAAGAGGGUCACUGAGCAACAGACAGACUUACAGCCACCAUCCAGCUCACUGCUGAGCAAACUCUCUACUGCCCAGAACCGCACCAAUGGUCUGGCCAACCAAAUAAACUGCAUUUACCAAACCCUCUUUCCAAACCUGCCCAUCCCACCUGAACCUGUAGACGGACCGACUUCAGUACCCCCCUCCCAGAACGUGUUCCAGCAGAAGGUCUAUGGCUGUGUGGUUCUAAAGAGAUUCAAGGAGUUCYUGUCACGGGUCACACGUGAACUAAGGACCCUAAAGAGCCAAGUGUGCACUAGGAGGACAACAUUUGCAGACACAAAUGCACUGUUCUGAGGCUGACCUUCUAUUUAUUUUAUUUAUUAUUUAUUGUACACUUGAAGGUAUGGAGGCUUAUUGCUGCCACUGAAAGAUAAAAUGGCCGGCCAAUAUUUUUCAGUGGCAGCAAUAAUCCCCUGUGCAUACCACAUCAUUUGAACAUCGUCAUUUCUGUAAUAUUUGGUUGAGAUGUUAACCAAUGAGAUUUCAAUCUUCAUUCAUCCACUCAAAAAGACAGCCAGAAUUUUGUUGAAUUCCCAAUGUGUUAUCGAUAUGCUUYCAACCAUCUAAAAG